CCCACGAAGAAGUCGGUGAAGGAGGCUAUGAACCUCGCACCCUGAGGUUCCGGCGUCACAGGUCAAAGUUAAAGCACUCUGACUGCCACGUAAGUUGGACCAAGGACGUUAGCCGUCAGCGGAUAGGUACCAGUUGCCCGCGCGGCAGUGCACUGCAAUCCCAACAUUAUCAUUAUGGCAGAUCUAAAGACACUGAUUGAGGCAAACAACCAGAAAUUCAUGGCCACCUUCAAGGCUGGCGACAUGAAGGGCGUGGCUAACAUGUACACGGAGGACUGUAAGAUCAUGCCGACUGGAACGGACACUCUAUUUGGCCGAGAAGGCCCAGAGAAAGUGUUUUCGGGUGCCUGGGCCGGCGGUGCGAGGACCUUGGAGUUGAAAGUAGAGGAAGUUGGCCCGAUGGGCAGUGACGUCAUCUAUGAGCGAAGCACCUACGCUUUCAAGAAAGAGGACGGUAGUGUGGCUGAAGCCGGGAAGUACGUUGUGAUUUGGAAGAAAGUCGGUGGAGAAUGGUUCCUCCACAUCGAUAUCUUCAACACACUGCCAUUGGAUAGUUACACGUUGUCAACAGCAGUGCACCAGCGAGGACAACAAACCAAAGAGCACCAAGCAGCAAAGCACCACGAGACCAUGUCUAGCGGUGAAGUAGACGUUAAACAAGGACAACAACAACAACGUAUUCCCAAUAUCAUGGAAGAUCCAGAUCAUCUGAAGAAAGUAAUUGAGGCACGCAACCGGAAGCUCAUGGACUACUUCAAGGCUAACGACAUGAAGGCCGUAUCUAACAUGUACACGGAGCACUGCAAGAUCAUGCCGCCAGGAGAGGACACUCUAUUCGACCGAGAGGGCGCAGAGAAGAUAUUUUUGGAUGUCUGGGAGAGCGGUGUGAGGGAAGUGGAGUUGAAAUCCGAGGAAGUUGAGCCGAUGGGCUGUGACGUCAUCUAUGAGCGAGGCACCUCCACUAUGAAGAAAGGGGACGGUAGUGUGGCUGACGUCAGCAACAAGUACGUUGUGAUUUGGAAGAAUAUCGAUUGCGAGUGGUUCCUCCACAUCGACAUCUUCAACUCAAACAAAGCCUGAAGCUUCUACAUCUACAUUCACGAAAAGGGAGAAGACUAAAAAUAAGUCGAUAGUGACGGAAAAUAGAUCACGAAUAUCUAACCGGAAGUCUUAUAGAAUAUCGCCUUAGCUUAAAUUUUUCGAUCUUGAUAAUGAUAAUGAUAAAGCUGAUGCUUCAAUAAAUGCCGGUAAGCAAACUAAGUUUCAACCGCAGAUCCUAUUUCAUUUUCAUAGACAUGUAAUCUCGAAGUGCCCAUCUAAACUCACAGUACAUAGAAAUGUAUUUCUCGUGUCAAACGUCAGAAGUCUGAUGUUAAAAUUUGGACUAAAGGAAUAAAACUGAAAUGUUAUUGCUUUGAAAACGUUUAUGUUUUAUAACUUGAAUGUAGUGACUUUAAUGUAGUGACUUUAAUGUAGUGACUUUAAUGAUAUGCAACUUGGCAUUCCGUCAGCAGCCUUUUUAAUGUAGCCUACAAUAACAGCGUUGGUGACGGUAUAAGACAGGUACUACUGUUGUGAGUUCAUAUAGUCACAGAAAAUACGUCACAAGAAUAUCUAACCGGAAAUCUUAUAGAAUGGCACAGUAGCUUUUGUCAACGAGUCAAGUACCAGUCUUGCAGACCUUGAUAUUGAUAGAUUUUAAUUUUGCCACUGUGACAAUAAACGGCGGUGUGCCAACUAAGUU